GGUUGCCUGACAGUAGAGUUGGAGAGGGGUCCCAGGGGCUUUGGCUUUAGCCUGCGGGGGGGAACAGAGUACAACAUGGGCCUGUACAUCCUGAGACUGGCUGAGGACGGAGCUGCUCAGCUAGAUGGAAGGAUCCAUGUUGGAGAUGAGAUAGUGGAGAUUAACGGGGAGCCGGCACGCGGCAUCUCUCACACCCGGGCUAUCGAGCUGAUCCAGGCUGGAGGAAGCAAAGUGGUGCUGCUGCUGAGACCAGGGGCGGGCCUGGCUCAGGACGGCAGUCAACAUGAUCAAAAAGUCAUUUCACCUGCAAGCUCACCCGGAGAGGUCUUUUUAUCAGACACGUCACCCCUCUCCUUUCCAUAUCUCACCGGGGCUUCCAACUUUGUUUCCCCUCCCUUCUCCAGCAAUCUGAAACAUUCGCACAGCUGGAGCAGCAUCUCCCCCCAAGGACACAAGCCCCGCAGCAGGGGUUUGGACUCAGUGAAGGAGAGUGGUGAGAGGUUAGAGAAAGAGGCAGACAGGCUCUCUCCCGCCUCCCCUGAGCAUAUUAACUUCUACAGAAGGACCAGGCCCCCUAAGGACCCCAGAGAGCUAAGCAGCCCAAAGAACACAGGGGAGACAUUUCCUAAAGCCAAAGAGCAGCAUUACGGUCCCAAAAAGACUGAGAGUCAGCCGAAGGAAGGAGCGCUGACUAGGAAAAGGAUGUCUCAGACAAAAACACGAUCCACAAGCCCUAGAAAGUCUCCUCCAGCUGCACAGCAAGCAACUUCAACAGUGCAGCGUGCGGAACAUCCACAAGGCGCACAGAGAAGAUUAAAAAGCUCCUCCAGCAGAGAGGGCUUGGAUCAUGAAAAGAGAAAUGGCAAAGGGGGGACCAUUGAGACCAGAAAAUACUCACAAAGACGAGAGAUGGAAGGGAGAGGAGAAAGGAUCGAGCCUGGCCAUGAGCAAGAAAGUUUCAUAAGAAGAGUGGGGGGAGAGUUUCAGCACCGCAGGACGUCUCAUAAAGUCAGAGAAGGCGAGAAAGGUACAUCUAAAGACUCAGGGCAGAGAGAUGCUAAUGAGAAAUCCAUGGAAGACAAGAAUUCAAGUAAAGGAACCGUCAACAAAAGAGAAUCACUGCUGCAUUUUAAAGAUUUGUGGAGUAGAAAAGGGUCCGUGGUCUCACCAAGAGAGGCAAAAGGAAGAGAAGACACAUUCGCUCACUCCAAAGAAGUCAGCAGUAGGGAAGACUUUGUGGCCUCUAUAAACAGUUCUCCAGGGACCCCGCAGAGCCCAAAGGGACCCAUUAUCCCCGGCCCUUGGAAAGUGCCCAGCUCAGCCAGAAUCCUCACCGAAGCAGAGGUCCUUCAAGACCCUUUGUGAUAAAUAUUGAAUCACCCAGACUUGAGAAUAUUUAACAGUACCCUCAGCGGGUUGUUUUUCUGAGUUCUUCCAUAAAACAGGGCAACAUGGUGCCACUUUUAUUACCUGCUGGUCCAUGUUCCAGAUGUUCUCUUUGGACUCUGUGACAUAACGUGUUGGCAUGUAGCAACUCCCCCUCUGCCUUGUCCGCUGCUUUAGCAUCUUUGAUGUGAGACUUAAGCAUGUGCGGCAUGCUCGGGGCCUCACCAGACACGACAUUUUUAAAUGUGAAUAUGUGCCAAUCCUGGGAGCCUCCUGUGGAACCAUGACUACCAACAGCGCUUCACCCAUUACAAUGCAAUGACCCAUAUGCAAAGAAAAGGAGAUAGGCCCUAGCCUCUCGUCUGUAGUAUACACCAAGUGUGACUGUCACCUCGGGUUUCAUUUAGCUCUCGGCCUCAUAGCGGGAUAUUUUGACUGUCUUUUUCUUAAACGUUUGCUCAAUUGCAUGCAGUCGGUCCUUCUGUUUGUUUUACUGCACGUGUUCUGCACAUCACUGAGGAUGAUUUUCUUGUUUAUAGUUCUCAUUUACCACGCCAGGCACAUUUCGAAUACAAUCCAGCAAGCAUACACUUUACCGGGGACUCAAGACUGUUCUACGAUUGCAGACGUGACUCUCCUCCUUACGAACAGUAUCAUUAAAAAGACCAGAAACUUGUGGUUUGAGAUCUUGUUUACCAUUUGUAUGAUAAGCAACCAGUGUGUAAUUUAUUGAGAUGAUAGAAUAAUAUGUGUAUAUGUAGCUGUAACCAAGCCAUUCCACAUUUUUGAUAUAGAAUCCAGAGAUUUGUCCCAUGUUAUUUGAGCUUUCACCUCCGAUGUAUUUCAGUGCUAGGAAUUACCAUGGAUCUCGUAGUUCAUGAAAUGUAUAGGUAACGCGCAAACCGCUGUACCAAAUGUUCGCAAUCGCUCAAACGUGUCUCAUUGUGAAAUAUUAUAUCUACAUAUAUAUUUGAAUGUGUCAUGUUUUGCAGAUUCUAACUUAAAUAUAUAUUGAAUUCCAUUGCACUGCAUCUGCCCUUGUAGCAUAUCAGAAUGACCAUGAGUUGUAUCUAAUCUGUGUUGUUGACUUGCGACCAAUGCCAUUUUAUUCUUAUCGGUAAUAUGUUUAUUAUUUUAUAAAGCUAUUUCAUUUUUUUUAAAGACUCUCUCUUUAAGGCCAAAAUGUCAAUUUAUAUUAUAAUGUGCAAGAGUCCCUAAUGGUUUAACCAUUGCCCACUGAGAAAAGAAAAAUGAGGGUUUUUAAUGUAUGUAUUUGUCUGCUGUAUAAUUAUCUGACAGGGAGGCUUGAAGGAAAAUGGAGCUUAGAGGGUAAUGUGUUGGCUUACUGAGAUGCUGCUGAUGUAAAACUGGCAUACAAAGAUCACCACUUCCUAUGUUUUUGAGUGGUUGUUGAGCUGAAGAGAUAAACAAUUGGUUCCAACAUGGGGUCAAUGAAAAUGAGAAAUAAUCGGAUUACACUGUAAAGUCAGUCAGAGGAAAGGAAAUAUACUCUCAGCACAACUGCUUAUAAGAUAAAGACAUAUUAGGACGAGCUCAGGGAACACAGAAAAGUAGCAAACGUGUGAUAAAGUCAAUGUUGGUGAAAUGGUGGUUAAGCUUUGUGCGUGACUGUGAUAAGAGCCUGUGAUUGUAUAAGAGAGUUAGCUGUCAGGUUUAAAAUGAGGACACAUAUGAGCCAGUGGUAAAUUGUGUGCAAUAGUAAUAGUGGUUGGUUGAAAUCCAACUAAGGGUUAGGUACAGGCAGGUCACUGGUUAGUCAGAUAAUGCCCUUUUUAUGAUAUGUCCCCUGCACUGUUCUCCUAGCUGCUUUGGUUUUCUUUAUUUCAUCUCUGUAUCAUACUGUGGCCUUGCAUCGCUUCAUUAGAAAAACAAUCCUUGUGGUAUCUUCUACAUUCUGUAGGAACAGUAGAUGUAAAUGUUUGUACAUUGUACAGCACCUUUAUAAAUACUUGCUGAGUGCUCUUUCAAGGGGGAAAAAAAUAGAGGUAUAUUAAAUCGCUCCAUUAUUUUUUUAUGUAUAAAAAAAAAAAGAGAACAUAUUUAAAAAA